UCCACAUGACCUUGAAGGUCAGGAGACUCAGGAGUCAAGACUUAACAUCCUUUCCAUGGUGGAGCGACGCGCUUCCGAGGUCUGUUAUUUCCUGAGAGGCACGCGGAAGCUGUCUAAUACUUUCCUUUGGCAAUCAACUUGGACACCAACAAAGCUACUGAAUUCUAUAUUAAUGAAGUCUAAACCAUGAUUUCGUGGAAGGAAGUUGAGUCAAUUCAAAAUUUUCCUAUGAAAAACCUUUUUUUUUUUUUUUCUUUUAAUCAAGAGAUAGUUCCAUGGGAGAAAAGGGCACAAUAAUUUGAGCAUCUUUUCUUCUCUGCAACUACAGAAAGUUAUGGCUGCACUAGAUUGGGCUUCCAACACCUCCACAUUCACAAUUGGAUGUUCUAGUUAUGAUGUGUUCCUCAACUUCAGGGGCGAAGAUACUCGUAAUAACUUCACUGGAUUCCUCAACUUGGUUUUGAAAGACAGGGGAAUUGAUGUAUUUAUUGACAGUAAGAAGUUGUGGACUGGAGAAGCCAUUGGCUCAGCCUUACUUGGAGCUAUUGCUGGGUCCAAAAUCUCCAUCCCUGUCUUCUCCCAAGGUUAUGCUCACAGCAAAUGGUGCCUGCUGGAACUUGCUCAGAUUUUUCAAUGCUACAACUCCAGCAAACAACUGGUUUUGCCCAUAUUCUUUGAUGUUGAGCCGUCUCAUGUUCGGCAUCAGACCGGAAGUUUUGAAGAAGCAUUUCGAGAGCACGAGAAGAAUUAUGAGCCACAUAUGGUAGAGAGUUGGAGGAAAGCUUUGAGAGAGAUAGGAAAUUUGAAAGGAGAAGUUAUUGAUAAAAACAAGGAUCAAUCAGAGAUAGUUGAAUUAGUUGCUAGAAGGGUUCUGGAUGAAUUGGUCAGUAGCACACACUUGGAUGAAUGCAAAUACCCUAUUGGUAUAGAUUCACGUGUAAAAGAUCUACUAUCGUUAUUAAGUAUCGGUUCCAAUGAUGUUCAAUUCAUAGGAAUCUGUGGUUGUAGUGGCAUUGGGAAGACAACAAUUGUUGAGGCUGUCUAUAAUCGUAUUCUUUCAACCUUCAAUAGGCAUUGUUUUGUUUCAAAUGUUAACAAACAAGCAAUGCAAUGCAUGGGUCUUGAAUCUUUGCAGAAGCGACUUCUUAAAGAUAUCUUCAAAACAGACUUUGACAUAGGUCAUCGUCAUAGAGGAAAAAAAUUGAUUAAACGCAUACUUUGCAAAGAAAGUGUUCUUCUUGUUCUUGAUGAUGUGGAUAGUAAAGAGCAGGUAGAUGCUUUGGUUGGUGAGCCUAAUUGGUUUGGUCAAGGAAGUAGGGUCAUAAUAACAACCAAAGAUGAAAAUAUCUUGAAUGCGGCUAAAAUUAAUAAAGAUAAAAUUUAUUGGCCUCAAGAGCUAGACCAUGAGGAAUCUCUUCAACUAUUUUGUUUGCAUGCCUUUUCAAUGGAUGAACCUCCUCAAGAUUAUAUGCAACUUUCACAUGAUAUGGUACGCUAUUCUAGAGGGUUGCCAUCAACUCUGGAAGUGUUGGGGUCUUACCUAUCGAACAUAAGCAGCAAAAGAGAGUGGAAAAUUACAUUAGGAAAAUUGAAAGCAGGUAAAGCUUCUAUUGCUGGUCUUGUAUCUUCACGCAAGCGGAGAAAGAACACAUCUUCCACCUUUGGUUGGCGCCCACUAUGUCAUGGAACCAUUGGAUACAGCAACGCUAGUGCUAGAGUAUCUAAAGUCCUCAGAGGAUGUCUGGAUCUAAAUGGCCCUACAGCUACUGAUAGAGUCUGUAAGCGGUUCACAAUAAUAGAGAUCCGAGUUGCAACAAAGAAUUUUGAUAAAUCAUUGAUAAUCGGAGUUGGUAGUUUUGGCACAGUUUACAUGGGUGUAAUGGAUGAUGGGACUCUGGCAGCAGUCAAGCGUGUCAAUCCGCAAUCUAAACAAGGCCUGGCAGAAUUUGAGACAGAGAUUGAGAUGCUAUCAAAGCUCAAGCAUAGAAAUGUGGUUUCCAUGAUUGGGUUCUGUAAGGGAAAGAAUGAGAUGAUUUUGGUAUAUGAAUAUAUGGUAAAUGGGAAUCUCAAGAAUCAUCUCUAUGGGAAUUAUUGCCGACCAUUGACAUGGAAGCAGUGGAGUAAUCUCCCACCAUUGACAUGGAAGAAGAAAUUAAGGAUUUGCAUAGAUGCUGCACGUGGGAUCGACUACCUCCACACAUGGGGAGAGUGUGGUAUAAUCCAUGGGGAUGUUAAGACAGCCAACAUAUUAUUGGAUGAGAACUUUAUAGCAAAGAUGUCUGAUUUUGGGUUGUCAAGAACAGGUUCUGCAUUUGAUGAUGCCCAAAUAACUUGUACUAUAAAGGGAACCUACGGAUAUAUGGCUCCAGAAUACAUGGAAAGAGGGCAAUUGACUAGAAAAACUGAUGUCUAUUCUUUUGGUGCAGUACUAUUUGAGAUUGUUCAAGGUCGACCGGUUGUAGAUCCACGCUUACUAGAUGGUGCAGACUUCGACCUUGCAGAAUGGGCACUCCAACAGGAAUCACUUGAAACCUUUGUAGGUAAACGGCUUUGUGGGAAUUACUCUCCAAAAUCAUUGAAGAAAUUUGGGAAGAUUUUAAAGAAAUGUGUUUCCAUGGAGGGUAAGAAUCGACCCACAAUGGGGGAAGUGUUGCGGGAUUUAGAGUAUGUCUUGCAACUUCAUGAAGCUUGGUUAAUAAGCAGUACUAUUACUGCUGAGGAAGAUUCCAGCACCUCCUCAUUGGAUGAUACAGUUGGGUACAAUGAUUCAAGGAUCAGAACUGAAUUUGCCUCUAAUUCUACUAGUUGGGUACAAUACUGUGCGAUGACUUCCUUGAACUGGUAAAGCCUUCAGGUAGGUGAGAACAAGAGACAGUUUUCUAUGACUGGAUUCAGAUGUUUACAUUCUAUUUAAAUUUCUUUCACUAAAAAAAUAGCCCAUGGGAACUUUGGAAGUUUCUUACGAAUACUGAAGAUCUCUCUUUUUUUCAUGAUUGUUGUUUAGUUGAACAGAUUAGGUUUGAUGAAUGUGUACUUCAAAAGACCCAUCCAAUAUAUAUUUAGCUGUUCCAUAUGUC